AAAUCUCAUAGAAGAAGUGCAGUGACGUCCCAAGGAUCCCGUAUAGAUAUCGCCACUAACUACCACAGAGUAAUAACCUCACCAGUAUUACCAUUUCUCAUCUUAAAAUUAUUUAAACGUAACCACACUGCUAACAUUAUGACUAACCUUGAAUUAAGACCAAAAGACAAAUUAUUGUUUUCAAUCAUUUUUACGUAUAGCCAGUGUUGACUUUGUGGCAACCGCAGCCAGGCCAGCGUCUUCAGAGAGAAGGCAGUUUUUUUUUUGAGAAGCAGGUUGCAGUUGUAAAUAAGAACUUGUUCUCAACUUGCCUACCUGGUUAAAUAAAGGAGAGCGAGGACAUGUCCUAGAUCAGUUCUGGGCACCCUGGAGGCAACGCUCAGCUUUAUGUUCACGUGAGCAUCAGCCCAUAUCACACGGGAAGUGGGCAAAGUGUCCCGAGACGUUACAAAAGCUAGCUGUCUAACCAGUCGUGGUUGUGACGUGAGUAGGGCAAUAUGAGUCGGGAGAGGGAAACGUUGCUGGACGAAAUUGAACUGAGUUUAUACACUUUAUCUGAGGACAAUUUACAUUACUUGUGCGGACGUUGUGGAAUAGGGGGCAAGGACGGAUCAGAAGUCAAAGGGAAGAGUCAGCGCUCGUUGCGUCGUAUAGUAGGGGAGUAUUGUGAAAAUGUAAUUAUAAUGGAUUCAGAGGACCAGGGAAUCUCUCAGUUACUCCAGCUGAAAGAAGACAUCAAAGGAAUACAGAUAGAGGCUAGCAAUGUGCCUACAAGUCCCAGCCAGUCAGCGACGGUAGAGGUGGACAGGUCACACGCAAGCGGCGAUGGUGAACCGAAUGAGGGAGGGGCUUGGUUACCCAACAACAGGCAGCCGGCGGAUCCAUCUCCAGAGUGGCUCAUUAUACCACAGCAGAGGGAGUCACUGCUUCCUGAUUGUGACAGUGGAGCCCAGUCGUUACAGCAGGAUGCAACGGUGCUGCUGGAGGACUGCAGGUUUAUGCUGGGGCAGAGAUUCAACAUCAAAGUGGAAAAGGAGGAGGAUCUGAUUUCAGCCUUUGCUAAUGCAGGAGUGUGUCCUCCUGAGUCCUCAGACUCAUCAGUGGAGGCAUUGUCUACAUCAGGCGUGCAACACCAGGAAGUUGACAAAGGAAAGAGCCCUCGACGUAAGAAGAGCUCCACAAAACUAUUACACCCUCAACGACACGUGCAGCCACAUUCUGGAAAGACGUCUUCCCACUGUUCAGAUAGCGAUGAUAGUUUCUCUUCUGUGAGUUCUUACCAAUGCCCUGAAUGUAAGAAGAGAUUCUCUAGCAAUGCAGGUCUUCAAAAACACAUGCGAAUUCAUAGUGGUGAGAGGCCUUUCCAGUGCUCACAGUGUGACAAGAGUUUCAUUAAUAGUUCAAAUCUUUAUCAACACCUGCCAGUGCACUCUGGAGAGAAGCCUCACCACUGCUCUGACUGCGGGCGAACUUUCUCUACAGUGCGGUAUUUAACGAAACACAAGCGUCUACAUUCAGGGAUUAAGCCUUUCUGUUGCCAUCAGUGUGACAAGAGGUUCAUCAGAUCAGACCAGUUAAAAGUUCAUAUGAUGGCACAUACUGGCGAGCGGCCUUACCAAUGUGGUCAGUGUGAGAAGAGUUUUAAAAUUAAGUCAAAUCUUAAAGACCACCUGUUAUUACACAAGGUGGAGAUGUCUCACCACAGCCCUGACUGUGAUCAAAGUUUCUCCACUGACGAAACUUUAAAGGAACACAUGCUGUUACACACGGGAGAGAAACCUUUCCAUUGUCUGCAAUGCGACAAGAGGUACAAUAGGUCAGAUGCGUUAAAAGAUCAUAUGAUGACUCAUGAGGAGCAGCCUGAUUCUCAGCCUAGUUCUGCUAAUAGGUCACCAAGUUCCAGACAUGAAGAACAAGGAUGUCAGGAAAUAUCACAUGCUGUCAAAAAAAGCUCAGAUCUUAUUCAACACCUGCAAGUAAAUUCUGGAGAGAAGCCAUUCCACUGUCUGCAUUGCGAGAAUAGGUACAGUACUUCAGAGGAGUUGAAAGAACAUAUGAAGACUCAUGCUGAGGAGCAGCCUGGUUCUGAGAAUAGAUCAAUUACCAUAAAUGUAGAAAAACAAUAUCAAGAGAUGGCCCAUACUGUCGAAAAACCUGACCGUAGCCCUGACUGUGGAACAGAUUUCGCUCAACAAGACAACCUGACAGAACACCAGCAAACAAACACUGGGAAAAAGUCUCACCACUGCCCUGAAUGUGGGAAAAAGUACCAUAGCGCUUCACAUUUCAAAGAACACCUGCGUUCACACACUGGUGAGAGACCUUACCAGUGUUCUCAGUGUGCGAAGACUUUCACAAAACAAAUACAUCUUAAGCGGCAUCUGUACUCACACUCUGGAGAGAAACUUUACCAUUGUGAAAAUUGCAAUUUAUAUUUCCUAAAUGCAUUGGAAUUGAAAAGACACAAGCACACUGGAAAGAAGCCUCACCAAUGCUCUGUCUGUAGUGUUAGUUUCCCUUUAUUAGAAGAUCUAAAAGCACAUGAAAGGAUUCACACAGAGAAUCCUCACCACUGCUCUGACUGCGGGAGAAAUUUCUCUACCGCAGGUUGUUUAAAGAAACACAAGCUGUUACAUUCAGGAGAGAAACCUUUCCACUGCACACAGUGUGAUAAGCGGUACACCAGAGCCGACCAGUUAAAAGAUCAUAUGAAAAUACAUUCUGAAGAGAAGCCUUACCAAUGCCCUGUUUGUGAGAAGAAAUUCCAUGAUUCUAGCAAAUUAAAAGUUCACCAGAGAGCAGUGCAUACAGCAUCUUCUUACAUUUGCUCUGACUGUGGAAAGAGCUUUGCUCUACUGGGCAACCUUAAUGCCCACCAGCGAACUCACACUGGGGUAAAGCCUCACCAGUGCCCCAUCUGUGAAAAGAGAUACUCAAAACGAUCACAUCUUAAAGAACAUGUGCGUAUACACACUGGUGAGAGACCUUACCAGUGCUCUCAGUGUGAAAAGACUUUCACAACACAAACAGGUCUUAACCAUCACCUGUACACACACACUGGAGAGAAGCCCCGUCACCACUGUCCAGAUUGUAACGAAAGUUUUACAUCUUGGAGACCCUUUAAGAGACAUAAACAACAACACACUGGAGAGAAGCCUCACCUGUGCUCUAACUGUGGUCUUACCUUCCUUAUAGAAGAAGACCUAAAAGCACACGAAAGGAUACACACUGGAGAGAAGCCUCACCACUGUUCUGAGUGCGGGAAAGGAUUCUCUUCAGAAGGUAAUUUGAAAAAACACAAGCGGUUACAUACUGGAGAGAAACCUUUUCAUUGUACGCAUUGUGAUGAGAAGUUCACAAGAUCAGAUCGGUUGAAAGUUCAUAUGAUGGCGCAUAAUGGAGAGAAACCAUACCAAUGUCCUGAAUGUGAGAAAAGCUACAAUAAUUCCACCCAAUUGAAAAAUCAUCAGAGAAUAAUACAUAGACAAGAAAAACCGUACCUUUGCUCUGACUGUGGAAAGAGCUUUGGUAAACUAGGCAACCUUACAGACCACCAGCGAAUGCAUACUGGGGAGAAGCCUUAUGUCUGCCCUGAGUGUGGAAAACAGUUUAGCCAUGGAAAACACUUAAAGAUACAUCAGCGUGAACAUACUGGAGAAAAACCGUAUAAAUGUCUUGACUGUGAGAAAUGUUUCACCCGGGUAGAUUACCUAAAAACACACCAAGUUACGCAUAGGCCUCCUCACAUGCUCUCUACUGGAGUUAAACCACAUCGCUGCUCUGACUGUGGGAAGCGUUUCAGGCAGAUUUCUGGCCUUAGAGCACAUCAGCAAACCCACACUGGAGAAUCUCUUUAUGACUGUACUGGAUAUGAAAAGAGUUUUGUAAACCUGUAAAAUCUAAACUUUUGAGAAGCCUUACCACUGCUUUGACUAUGGGAUCAACAUUUCCCAAUUGGGGACCUUUUUUUAGGAGACACCAGGUCACAAAACACAAUCAUUGUCCUAUCUGAAUAGCCUGGUAUGGUGGCCUGAACAUGGAAAAGGAGUGGUAAUUAUUACUAUGUUACCAUAUUUAGACUUUUACUUUGCUACCAUGCUUAGAUCACCUUUUGUAGUUGGCAUGUGAAUAUACUGUUUAGUUAGCGUAGGAUGAUGUGCAAUCACAAUAGAUAAGCUACAGUCUCCUACUCAACUGUAACUUGAAGUGGUUUAAAUGUCUGUUUGGUCAAUUAUUCCGAUGUCAGAUAAUAAAGAUACUUUUCCUGUGAAAAAAGUCACCCAUCCAGUCCUUUCAAAUGUACUGCAUGGACACAGUGUAAUAAUUGUACCUUUACUGAGCCGAGUCAAGUCGCACUGGCCUGGUAACACAUCCAUAUAUGCUGGAACCCUGUUAGAAAGGACUGAAAAUUCAAUGUCAGAGCCAGUACGGGCCGGCUCUAGUGUGCUCAUCCUAAAGCUAAUAUUAUCCUAGAAUACUUGUAUUAUAGGGACAGAUCUAAGGAUGUAGUCUCCCACAAGCAUUGAUUGUGAAUGUCUCAAUUGUGCACACUUAAUUUCACCAGCAGAUGGGAGUGUUGGCUUUGACCACAUUUGAACAUAUUCUCUCAUCCUCACUGAGAAACACCCAACCUUUUAUGUUUAAAGCUCAUUGAUUGCACAUUUACUGCUGUCAUAUUGAUAACUUUAUAUAUUUUAUGUUUUGUUUAUUUUAAGCCAUAGGUUUAUAAGCAGAGAGGGAAAAUACAAUUUUAUUUACAUGAAAACUUCAGAUGGUAUUGAAUGGAUAAACUUGAACUAUUUACACAGUUCAAGUCAGUCACUUUUUAUGGGUCCAUAACAUGUUCAAAUAAUCUCAAGAACACUCAGUAUGGAUUCCUAUGUGCCUCAGUUGGCCUCUGUCUCAUAUAUCAUGUUUACAUUAUGCCUGAAAGCAGGCUGGCAACUUUCAGAAGAGGAGUAUUGAGGAGGCUUUCUCUGUUGUACAGUAGGGUCUGCGUCUCAUCAGAACUCAUUAGUGCACAAUUAGAUUUUGGUGAGUGAACAGCAGCCAGGGUCGAAACUCUACCCCCUGUUACCCCAUUCAUCAAUAUCCACCCCUCUCUCCCUCUAACCCAUUGUAGAACGAGCCCUAACUAACCCCGGAGCCUCGUGUCCCCCCCCCCCCCAGCUGAGCACAGGGCCUUGAGAUCGUUUAAACAGAACAUUCCACAAUAACACUUGCCCCUGUUUCAGAGAGAGGCCAGGUCCACGUGGGCUGCAAGCAUUUUACACAAUGGAUGACAGGAUCCAGGUUCUAGAUUUCUGUCUCCAGGUUGACAUGGGUUGUUGUUGAGCUCAAAUUCUAAACUUGGUAAACUCUCCAUGAACAAAAUGUAGUUUACUAGGUCAUGAAAAUGAAACAAGAACACUAAAAUGAUUCUCCAGACAACUUAUCUAAGCGAAUGAGUAGUUACCAAACAAGGACUAACUCCACUAGUAACACCAAAGGGAGAACAUAAUAGAAUAUUGCGUGCGCCAGAAGGUUUAUUCUCUAGAUGAGGGGAUUUGAAUGAUGUAGGACAGUAAAGUUGGGCCAGUGUUUUGAAUCGCUCACAUUUCUGGUAAAUGGCUCCUUUGACUGAUCGACUUUCCUGUGUGAUGCAGCUGCUUCCCUAAUAACAGGACAGGGCUGGCGGUGCUGACAGAUUUGCUUCCGUUUACUGAACCACACCUCUCAGAGGAGACGGUGACACACCCGGUAGUAUCACCCGUCUCUGGUGCAUCGUGCAUGGCAGCCAUUUUGGGCAGUUGUGUGGUCACUGUGGAAACGGCUGUGCCUGUGACCUCGCCAUAAUGCUUGAGUAAGUGAAUACUGGGUCAGUUCCCUGAGUUUUUCCUGAUCAUGUGAUCUAACCAGAAAAAACACUGGUUAAAGUCUAUAAGGCCACUGUUGUAGUAAGUUCAGCCGGCUUACACUUCAUAAAAAUCAGGCUAAACACUAGACUAUGGGAGAAAUGAACAGUUACCGUUCCGUCUCUUUGUCAUUGACUCCACCUGUUGCCGAUCUCUGUUUUUGCUUAAUGCCCUUGUUUGGUUUUACCUUUACAUUGUGUGGUGAAGGCAAGAGAUGUCCUGCUCCUUCAAGACAAUAAAUCAUCUUGUCAGUUUGAGUCCCUCUGGUUACAUGUCAAGUCUGUUUUGUAGUGAUCAAUGGACGGCCCAUGUUUUUCACAUUUUUAAGGUUUGGAGCUGUGGAGAACUCAGCGGUCUGUGGUGGAUCUUCCAUGGAAACAGCACUGCCCGACAUGGAGAAAAACUGGGAUGAGGAUUGAUGACACUUCUUCUCUCUGACUGGCCUUGAUUUGAUCUGGUCCGAACCAAAUCUGAACCAAUCGUAUGUUUCGUUCAAAUCCGGUCCGGACUAUAUGUGGCCCAUAUGUGGUUCAGAUUUAACAUGGUCCCCAGACUCGAGUUGCUGGUGCAUAGAGCUUGUUAAAACUGCUACAAAGUGGGACUUGAAAGUUGUGUGGUUAAAAUCGAGGCGGGAGAGGAAGCGAGCCUGCUACUGCUGUAUCAGGCCUUUGAUAAAGGGCAAAAAUCGGCAAUAAGAACAUUUAUUUAUCACAUUGACCAAAUUCUUUUUGGGAAGCCCAAUUUGAUUCUGAGCUCGGACAUAUUAAGUUUACAUGCGAGAACUAUUUCUAAGAUGUGUACUUUCAGUUUUUCCAAACUCACUUCCUUGUUUAAAUCGUCCACAAUGUAGGGGGGAGUUUCUAAGGGUAGUGCUAGAUGGCGACGGACUGAGAGAUCAGCCAAUUAAAACCGCUCCUGCCAUAGGACUGGACUUGACUGGGAGUCUGAAGCUCUGUGAUACCAGACUUCUCGACAAAGAGUGAGCCAGCUGGUGGGUGAGAGCAGUUCAGAUUUGGCCAGAACAUAGACGUCUAUAAUUGGUAAAGAUUUUUGUUUGACCAGCAUAGUAUAGUACAGUGAAAAGUAUAGUACAAUACAGUAGGGUAAAAUAUACUUCAGUAUAGUGCAGUAUAAUGUACAAUAUUGUACCCUUUAAUGUACUCCAAUCUACUGCACUAAACUGUACUGAAUUAAACUACUGUAUUGUACUCUGCUGAAAUAAACUAAUGCACCAUACUGUACUCUACUGAAUACAACUACUCUACUGUAUUAAACUGUACUAUACUGUACCAUACUAUACUGUACUCUGCUGAAUGCAACUCUACUUUACCAUACUGUGCUCUACUGUAUUAAACUGUGCAGUACUGUGCUGUUCAUACUUGUGAAACAGCCUAGACAGCUAUGAUUCGUUCAGAUUUGGUCCGUUCCGAGUCAACCAAAUGUUUACUUGUCUGGGGAUGGAGCUCAUUGUAAUAAUACCCAGUAUGCUUUGUAAGUGUUGUUUUUACAUUUUGGUCGUUCAGCAAACGCUGUUAUCCAGAGUGACUUACAAGCAGUGCAUUCAACUAAGGUAGAUAACAACAAUCGUUACUGAGAAUAUUAUGGUAGUUGAAGUGGUCUGUUACAGGUUUAAUGUCAGUCGGGCUACUUUGACCAUCAUUGGUGACAGUUUUUAAGCUUUUAAAACCAUAAAUUAAAUUCUAGUGAUGUGUAUUGAUUUUAUUUUUUUGGGCUCCUGAAUGGCUCUGUGUCCUAAAUGCUUAAAAAUGUACCUAGAGCCAUGAAAAAAAAAAUGCUCAUCUCUAAUGUAAAGCCCCAAAAGCAGUCUAUCAUUAUGUCAGAUUGUGAAAUGUGCAUUCAAAUACAUUUUUACCUGGCCAAAUUGUUGCAGUGAGUUAAAAAUAAACAAUCUCCCCACUA